CUACAUGUCUGGAUGUUGAAUGCGGAACGUUACCAGGACUGAAGGAAGACUCGCGUGUGAUCCGGUUGACAGAUACUUUCGGCGCAUCUUGACGGAGAGAAGCAUGGUUGAUAACGCGAGUAUAGCUACUAAAUCUGCUUUGCAAGGUUCGUUCUCGUCCGCCGGCAGCCUUCUCCCCCUCCAGGCUCCCUCCGCCUCCUCCCACAGCCCGUUCCCCGGCGCACAGUCCCAGCAGCAGCAGCAGCAGCCAGCCAGCGGCGGCAUGAAGCUCGAAGCCGUCAUGGAGAACCUGCAGCGGCAACAGGCGGCGCGGCUGGCCCUGGAGGAGAAGCUCCGGCAGGCGGAGACGGAGAAGGACCUCCGCUCCAUGGUGGAGUCCCAGAUACACCAACAGGCGCUGGCUUUCCGCCACUACCAGGCGGCGAUGCGCGGCGCCCUAGCCGCCGGAGUCGCCAACUCGUCCGAGGUCCGCAGAGCCGACGAGGACGGGAGCUCCCCCGGACCGGGCGGCGGCGACGACAGGGAGCGGUACGAGGAGGCGGACGACAUGGAGGAGCAGGAGAUGGUGGACGAAGAAGACGAGGAGGAGGGCGAAGACGACGUUGGGUUGAACCACUACCAGGACCGGCAGCUCCACGGAGCCUGUCUGCCUCCGAAGGGCACCCCGGUGCAUCUCCUGGCCAGGGUCCCGGCGGCCUUCACCCCGGCCCGCCGCGCAGACUCCCCCUCGGCGCACCCUCAGCCCCAGCACCACGACUGGACCUACGAGGAGCAGUUCAAACAGUUGUAUGAAUUGGAUGAUGAUGAAAAGCGCAAAGAGUUUCUCGAUGACCUUUUCAGUUUCAUGCAGAAACGGGGGACUCCGGUGAAUCGGAUUCCUAUCAUGGCCAAGCAGGUGUUGGAUCUCUACAUGCUCUACAAGCUCGUCACGGAAAAGGGCGGCUUAGUGGAGGUCAUCAAUAAGAAAAUAUGGCGCGAGAUCACCAAAGGCCUUAACCUCCCUACCUCCAUCACCAGUGCAGCUUUCACUCUCCGAACGCAGUAUAUGAAGUACCUCUACCCGUAUGAAUGUGAAAAGCGGGGACUGAGCUCCCCCGGUGAGCUCCAGGCAGCUAUCGAUAGCAACCGGCGGGAAGGCCGCCGGCAGAGCUACGGCUCAGCCAUCUUCAACUACUCUCCUGUGGGCACCCCCUCCCUCCUGUCCUCACCAAAGAUGCAUAUGUCCCACGUAUCUAUGCCCACUCACAACAGUGGCCAUAUCUCCCAGGUGCCUGUGAUCAAGAAAGAAGAGCCCCUCUUGGGCAGCUGCCUCCCCAGCCGGUUGACCCACCCCAUGUCACCCAGCGGCCACCACGCGGCGGUCAUGGCCGCCCAGGCACAGGCGGCGGCGGCUGUCCAGGCAGCGGCUCUGGAACAGCUCCGAGAGAAGCUGGAGAGCGGCGAACCGCCUGAGAAGAAGAUGAUGAUGACGGUGGCGGAGGAGCAGCAGAGGAUCAUGCAGCACGCCCUGCAGCAGAACCUGCUGGCGAUGGCCACCCAGCUGCCCCUCAACAUCAAACUCAACAACAGAGAUGAUAGACAAGAGACCGCAUUGAACCUGUCUACCAACGGCAUUAGCAGCAUCAACAUGUCAAUAGAAAUAAAUGGAGUUGUCUACACAGGCGUCCUUUUCGCUCGGCAGUCGGCCAUAGCAGCGAUGACGGGACAUCGCGGGAGACACGGCAACUGUCAGACUCAGGGAAAGACCAGUCCCACACAGUUCCAGCCCCACUGCUCCUCCUCUUCUUCCACAACCUCCUCCUCUUCCUCACUCCACGGACACAGAAACUCCUCCCCCUGAGUUUCCUGUCCGCCCAUCACCUCCCUCCUCACCCCUCUGGGGGGAGAUCAUUUCUCUUCUCAAAGACACCAAGCAGUUGGAGACAUAAUAAGCAGAGAAAACCACAUUCAAGUUGUUUUUGAAGGUGGUUUUCUCUCCAACCACGCAAUCAGAUUCCUUGUAGGUCAGCUAUUUACAGGCCAGAAAUCUUCCUGUCCCCCUUUGUCCCCCCUCUCUUCCUGCUCAGUGUGUUUCGAGGACAUUUAACCCUUGUGUGUUGUCAAAGACAUCCGUUCCGUGUGGAAAACUUCAAAAGCACGGUCGCCCGUCAGCUCAAGGUGCGACCCGGAUGAAGCCACACCAAGACUCCCUCUUGUGCACCAUUUCAAUCAAAAGACGAGGCGACCGAGCAGCAAGCCUUCAGCAAGAAAUGACGGACCUCAGAAACUCUUACAGCUGAUACCAAAGAAGGAAACUGAUCUAUCCUGGCUCAACACAUCAAGCAUUUAAAGUGAGUUUUAGCACCAUUGAUCAAACCUGAAGAGUA